CGAUGUGAAUCACUUAAAAUGGUAGAGGAAAUAUGGUGCUGUUUGCUACAGACUGCGCGGACUAUCGAAGUAACUAACAAUAAAGAUUUGCUAAAGGCCUCUGUAAGUCUUGUACCAUGGAACAGUGUUGAGAAAUGGAUUGAACUGGUAAGGGAGCACUACUUCUCGUUUGAUUUAAGUCGAGCCUUGUUUCCGAUUCUAAGAUUGUUCGGUUUCACCGGCGAUAAACUCACUGAGUACAAUAAUUUUCCAUUCCAAGAAGAUAACAUUAACAACUGGUUUGUACAAGAAGUAACUGGCCCUGGUCAAAAUGAAACACACAGAGUGAACAUUAUGAAUGUUAAUGCGAGCGGACGUAGACGCAAAUGUUUUGUCAAUCAAAAUAAUAUUCGAAACUUUCCAAGUGACUUGAGUAGUGGGAAUUUCGAAGUUUUUUUUCAUGGGACAAAUCAUGUAGGCGCCAAGAACAUUAUUGAAAAAGGUAUUUUAAAGACGAAAGGAUGUAGCAAGCGAGACUUUAGCUCUGGUGAUGGCUUUUAUUUGGACACGGAUUUCGACCAUGCAUUGGAAUGGGCCAGUAUCAACUCGUCAAGACCAGCAGUGCUGAUAUGGCGUGUAGAAAAUAACGAGUUUAGAGAAAGGUACAAGGGCCUGGAUUUUAGGAUAGAAAGAAGUGAAGAGCCUUCGUUUCAAAAAGUUGUGUCAAAUUUUCGAUCUGGUAAACCAGAUCCUAGCUUUCGUAAACAAUUGGACAGGAUGUAUGACUAUAUUGAAGGUCCUUGGUCCGCUGGACCUUGGCCUGAUGACGGCAGGGUUUUGAAAGGACGUGCCACUGCGCUGGACGAAACAAAUCAGUUGUGUCUUAGGAAUGACGCUUGUUUUGAAUUUUUCAACUCUUGUAAACUGCACUCGGCAGUCUUUUUCAAGGAUUGAAGAAACAACGGAAAGAAAGAUGAAGAAUUAGACUGAGGUUUAUCUUAUCUUUAAUGUCAAUUAUGAGCGUCGUUUCACACGGCUGGUUAUCUUCAUUAUCGUAUACAAUACUUAUUUUUGUCAGGCAACCUAAGGAAAUAAUUUCCCUUUCCUGUUUCGUUUUUCAAAAAUUUGAUUUUAUGUUGUAUACCUGACCCUGUGGGAUUCAGUGCUUUGAAGUCUGUAGAAGUAAUUUUGUUUCUUAGUGUUGGUUUAGGGAUAAUGAUUUCUAUCAAGUAGUGAUCGUUUAACUCUCCUAACACUAAUAAAAAUACAACCAGGGAAACA